CCUCCUCCUUCUCCUCCUCUUUCCACCUCCAGCUCCUCUGCCUCGACCUCGCAGCAACAAUUUUGGCUUCGGGAUCAUGCCCUUCGAUGUUUUUUUCGGCAUUGGGCUUCCUGCGCCCCCUGCCCCUCCUGCGCCCCUCGCCGUCGAUGCGGCUGGAGGGGGUGCCGCCCCCGCCGCUGCGCCCGCCGCAGCUGCGGCAGGAGGAGCAGGAGGGGGCGCUGCCGCUGCGCCCGCUGCGGCUGCGGCAGGCGCGGGCGCUGGCGGAGGACGAGGGCGGCGCCGUGGUUUCGCGCAGCCCGUGGAGGUGAAGUUGCGCAUACGGGCGUCCAGGCUGUGGCUGCAGGGCGCGGGCCACCGGCUCGUCUGCGACCUGCGGGGCAGCCACCGCGUCACUGAGGUGCGCGUGCGCCUGGCCGUGUCCGCGGCGGGGGACGGCGACUGCGCGGUGGGGAACCUGGUGUUGGCCGACGCGAGGGCUCGCCCCUGCUUGUGGGUGUACGUCGAGCGGCGGCGGGACCUGGUCGGCGCGCCGGUCUGCUCCCUGUGGGUCAACAUUCAGGCAUGCUCGAGCACCGCCUGCAGGACCUGCCCUGCGGCCCCGACGGCUUCCUGUCGCUGUCGCUGCAGCUGGACUGGGAUGGCGCGCAGGUGGUGGGGGUGCGCGUGGACGGCCUGGCCCUGACAGAGCGGGAGGACUUUCACUGCGCCUCGUGCGGGGGCGUGCGUUUCGUCUGGCUCUUCAACAUGCGGGGGGAGGGCGUGGCGUCCGCCUGGCGCGACCUGCACCUGGCCGCCAGCGCUGGGGAGACUCGCUCGAGCAGCGGGCGGCGGGAGCUGCUGUGGCGGGGCCUGUGGCCAUGGCGCCGCGCCGAGCAAAAGCCGCCGCGGUCGCCAUCGCCCUGGCCGUCGUCUCCUUGGCGUCGUCAGCGUCCCAGAUCUUUGGCGAUCUGAAGGGCUCGAUCCGGG